CUUCGUGCACAAACACUGGAAGAUUAUUAUUAUUAUUAUUAUUAUUAUUAUUAUUAUUAUUAUUAUUAUUUAAUAAAAAAUAAAGCGAAAAAACUCGGGAAGCGCGCCGCAGUUCAGAGCAAUGACGCUGCCUACGCUGAGCCACUGACUCAGAGAAAGCUCCGGAAAACUCUACACCUGAUCGCUGAAUCUGCAAGAUGAACCUCUCGGAGAGCAGCACUGUCAUCCCCUCGAUGUGGAGCGCCGCGGUGAACUCCAGCCGAGAUGUCUCCGCCCUGAAUGUCACCGAAACUCCACCUUCUCGGACGAAAUCCAAAGUCUGCGAGCAGCUCAACAUCACCCCUGAGGUCUUCCUCAUCCUGGGCAUCAUCAGCUUGUUGGAAAACAUCCUGGUCAUCUGCGCCAUAGUGAAGAACAAGAACCUGCACUCGCCCAUGUACUUCUUUGUGUGCAGUCUGGCUGUGGCGGACAUGUUGGUGAGCGUGUCCAAUGCGUGGGAGACCAUUGUCAUCUAUCUACUGAGCAACCAGCAGCUGGUGGCAGAAGAUCACAUCAUCAGACAAAUAGACAACGUCUUCGACUCCAUGAUCUGCAUCUCCGUGGUGGCGUCCAUGUGCAGCCUGCUGGCCAUCGCCGUGGAUCGCUAUGUCACCACCUUCUACGCGCUGCGCUACCACAACAUCAUGACAGUCAAACGCGCAUCGCUCAUCAUCACCGGGAUUUGGACCUUUUGCACAGGAUGCGGCAUCGUCUUCAUCAUCUACUCGGACAGCACGCUCGUCAUCGUCUGCCUGGUGUCCAUGUUCUUCAUCAUGCUGGCGCUCAUGGCUUCGCUGUACACGCACAUGUUCAUGCUAGCUCGCUCGCACGUCAAGCGCAUCGCCGCUCUGCCCGGAUACAACUCCAUCCACCAGAGGACUAACAUGAAAGCGGCCGUCACGCUCACCAUCCUGCUGGGGAUCUUCAUCGUGUGCUGGGCGCCCUUCUUCCUCCACCUCAUCCUCAUGAUCUCCUGCCCCAGGAACCUGUACUGCAUGUGCUUCAUGUCCCACUUCAACAUGUACCUCAUCCUAAUCAUGUGCAACUCCGUCAUCGACCCACUCAUCUACGCCUUCAGGAGCCAGGAGAUGCGCAAGACGCUCAAGGAAAUCAUCUGCUGCUACAGCCUGAGGAACGUCCUGAGAUGGUCCAACUGAAGGGUUGCAUUCCAAUUAACAAGAUAAACAUCUCACUCAUCACGUCACACUGUUCAGUGAAGAAAAAUAAGAAAAGUUCAUCCAGAAAAUUUCAGCAAACCUGCUGGUGGAUCAAUCCUGCAUGAGAAAGAAUGCUUCUACACUGGUUUGUUUGUUUGACUUCUUCUUUUCUUUCACAAAUCUGAAGUGUUUCAGAAGGAAAAUGAUGGACUGGGUUUGAUUUAUGCUCCAGUUUGUUACAGACUUAGCUAGUGAGCGUUCUUGCUGCUGAUUAGCUCGUACAUGUAAACAAGCUUAACAGUGCUGAACAAGCUGAACAGCACUGGUUUCUAAGCUAACAUGAAAGGGUUGUUUGGGGGGGUCCAAGCACUUGGGCUUUAAUUUAUGGAACUGAAUGGUACUUGAUGUGCUUUAGAUGUGCAACAUUGUUGCUAUGGUUACCAGGAUUCUACAUGGGACCAGAAAUAUUCAGACUGGAGAACGGGGUUCAGUGUUCAGGGUAUAAGGUACAGGUUUCAGUGGGUAAUUUUCCAAACGAAUCACUUAUUCCUAAAUGACACUUUGAAGUGAUUCAGUGAAUUCGAAUCAUAUGAAUUAUGAAUCGUAUAAAAAGUGGCCUCUGAUACUUUUAUCACAUUAAUGAAUGUUUUUUAUUUGUCUUACAAAAGCCAUUAAGUCUCUCAGCAUUCCUCUCUGAGCGGCGAGUCAACACCGGGUCAUUGACUUAAUUGAAUCUGUCACUGGAGCGUGGAGAAUGUGAGGUUUCUCUAUUUCUGAACAAAAAAAAUGAAAGGAAGCAAUCGUAAUGUCAUGAUAGGUACAUUUAUCACUCAGUAUUAAAAAAUAAAAAGUUCUUUUUAAUGCCUGAUGCCUGUGGAACUGCCCGGAAAUGUGUCCACUGUGUCCCGUGGUUUUAAAUAUUAAUACAUACCCUCGAGGGGAACUGCAAGCACUUCAGCAGUGAUGGCUGAGGAAUCCGUGAGCACUCCAGGUUUCUCUAGGACUUUUGUGAAACAGAGAAUGAGAAGAUCUCCAGUGGCUGUAGGAGGCCGGCACAGCUCAUAGUCACGGUUUAAAAUGCGAUAUUCAUGUCGAGAGCCUCAAGUGAACGGAAAGUGCAAUUCAAACACAAGCACACUGCGACUCCUACACCUCCUGCAGCAGAUGAUGAAAGAGAAUGUCCUGCUGUGUGUGUGUGUGUGUGUGUGUUUGUGUGUGUGUCACUCUCAUGUGAAUCCACUGAAAGCAGAUAAUAAAUCCUGCUUUAAUGCGUCAGUGUGUAUGGAAUCCUGUAACAUCAGGUGCUUUAAUGCGUCAAUGUGUAUGGAAUCCUGUAACAUCAGGUGCUUUAAUGCGUCAAUGUGUAUGGAAUCCUGUAACAUCAGGUGCUUUAAUGCGUCAGUGUGUAUGGAAUCCUGUAACAUCAGGUGCUUUAAUGCGUCAGUGUGUAUGGAGAUAUUUUUGCCCUCAUGUUUCUGGUUACCGUGUAAACAGCUCGAAGUCUAGACGGCUGCGCAGACGGCAGUGAAUCGGGGGAGGGGAUCAGGGGAAGGAGGCGGGGUUUAUUCGCCAGAUGAGAAAAUAUACUAAAUAAAAUCGUUGCAUGAUGUGAUCUGUGACUCGUAAGCAUGAGGCUCGGUUUUUCCCUGUUUUUUAAUCAAAAUUGCGACAACCUUCAUCAGCACACUCGUGACUAAACACAUGCUUCUGUUUGAGGUUCAGCUGCUGGCAUCUGUUUACGCUUUUUUAGUCCAGUUUGUCCAUCAGAACUAAACCUUGUCAGGAAAUUUCUGUCCAGAUGACGUCAAUGCCGUAAAUGUUUACACCGAAGCAGUUUUAUAUUUCAGGAGAUGUACGCAACUCAGCUUGCAUGCUAGUGUUAACAUUUUAUUCGAAAACAAAAUCUUGAUAUCGUGAACCUAUCUUCGUCCGGCUAUGAAACAUGAGUCUGCAGUGUGUCAGGGAAAGAGCAGGGCUGCGUCCUAAACACUGGGAUCCAACACAAACCGCUACGUUCACCAUGAACAAUUCCUCCAGACCAGCAGAGGGCACCAUCUCUCACACUGGGGUUUACUUCCUGUCUUUGAGUAAUGCUUAGAUUUGCACAGUGUUAAAUUUCCUUGUCUUGAGCUUGUCCUAAAUUUCAUUGUCCAAUUUUUUUUUAUUUCUUUUUCUGUUGUUUGGUUUUUGUUAGUUUUGUUUUGUUUGGCUGCGUCUUAAUCAGCUCCAGAGGUCACUAGUCAGGGCUCUGAUCAGGGAGUCGGCCAUUUUAAAUUUUAAAUGAGUCUUUCUCUCAAUCGCAAAUUUCAUCCAGCACUAGAACGUUUGCUCCCUAAAAAAUUCCCACAAUGCACUGCAAAAACCAGGAAGCUCACUAUCUGUGCUCACUAUGUGUGGCGGUGGUAGCUCAAGUGGUUAAGGCUCUGGGUCUGGGACUGGAAGAUCAGCGUUCAAGCCCCAGUGCUGCCACCACUGGGCCCUUGAGCAAGGCCCCCAAGCUCCGGUUGUUGUUGUUGCUUCCUCAAACUCUCACUGAUGUACUGAUGUUAGAGACUUUUAACAUCAUUUGGCGUUCUAACGACUUUUAAUUGUUUUAAUGGUUUUAAAAAAGUCCGCUAGCUAGCCUACCAUGCUUGAAGAUCCAUGACAGAAAAUAUAUUUCAUCGUGCUGUAGGUAAAGUGGUGGUGAUGUGCUACAUUGUGAGUGUGUGGUCAGAGCUGCUCAGAUUCCUGUUGUACUGUUUCACCGCCUAGGGAGCUUCAGAGCUGAUUGAGACGCUGCCUUCAUCAACACUUCCAUUCCGGUUUUGUGACAGAAAAGUCGUUUGGUGUGUGUGUGUCUGUGUGUGUAACAACUAUGCCCAAUUGUGUAAAGGCCGUGUAGUAUUUAGCUAAUCAGUGCAAUUACUGUAUAAAACCUCAUGCUGAGACUGAAUAUAUCCUCAUUAUGCUAGCUCUGUAUGCUAACCUAGCCUAUUUAUUAGCUAGCUGACUGUCUUCUUGUGAUUAGCGAGUAGAAAAAGCCGGCUGUAUGUCAUUACGUGGACGUGAGCGUGUUGUGUUUGUAUCACUCGAUGAUGUACAAAUAUCACAUCCUGAUACCUGAGAGAACACAGUGUCCUGAAAAUGCUCACGUUAUGGACAGAUUUUAUUUAUUCAUUUCUCUCAGAAAUAAAGAUUAUUUUGUUCAGAUGUAUUGCCAUAUGUUCUGGUCAGAACUGACCGCUGUUGUCUCUAGCGUUUGGGACGGACGGAGCCUGUGUUUGUCACAGAAGCCGUGUCUUGUAAAUAUCAGUGUUGUGUGUUUUAUCUUCAAGCUAAAGAUAAAUAUAAAUAAAGGAAUG